GCAUCCCCUCCUACACCAGAACCCAUACCUUGAACACCUCUCUACCCCAUUCUACUCUCGGCUCCUACCUUCCACUCCCACUGCACUCACACUCCUCACGUCAUGCUGUCCCUGUCGCAAGCCAGCGCGGCUUCUCGCCGGGGUCUGCUCCGAGCAGGCGCAAACACACCUUUGGCCGCACGCCGCUGUCUCUCCACCUCGUCUGUUCUGAGCCGCCCAGCAUCGCAACGUCAAACCUCUCCCCUCGUGCAGUCCACUACCACCUCUGCAGCUCGCUCUCUCGCUCCUCGUGGCGCACUACUGAGUCAACAGGCUCGUCUCUUCCAUGUCUCACAUGUCGCUUGCGCCGAGACGGUCAAGGUGCCGUCAAUGGCAGAGUCCAUCUCAGAAGGAACGCUGAAGCAGUGGAGCAAGAAGAAGGGAGACUUUGUCAAUGCCGACGAAGAGGUUGCUACCAUUGAGACUGACAAGAUCGACGUCACUGUCAACGCCCCGCAAUCCGGUACCAUUGUAGAGCUUCUAGCCAACGAGGAGGACACUGUCACCGUCGGCCAGGACCUCUUCAAGAUCGAGCCCGGAGAGGGCCCAUCUGAAGGAGAGAGCAGCAGCAGUGGUGGUGAGAAGGAGGAGAGUAAGCCAAAGAAGGACGAGGGAAGCAAGAAGGAAGAGGACGGCUCUUCAAAGAAGAAGGAGCAGGAGGAGACAAAGAAGAAGGAAGAGCAACAGCAGGCCGAGAAGCAAAAGAAGGAGCAGAACUCGCCUUCGGAGCAACAAAAAGACGACAAGAAGCCAUCUCCACAGGGCAAGAAGGACGACAAACCUUCGCCUCCACCCAAGAAGGAGUCUUCUCCCUCGUCCUCUUCGUCCUCUUCUGAGUCUUCGAAGCCCACUGCUGGCUCCCGUGGAGAGCACCGUGUUAAGAUGAACAGAAUGAGGCUCAGGAUUGCCGAGAGGCUGAAGCAGUCGCAGAACACUGCUGCCUCCCUCACCACCUUCAACGAGAUCGACAUGUCCGCCCUGAUGGCCUUCCGAGCUCGUCACAAGGACCGUCUGCUCAAGGAGCAAGGCAUCAAGCUCGGCUUCAUGGGAGCCUUCACCAAGGCCUGUGCCCUCGCGCUCAAGGAGAUUCCUGCUGCCAAUGCCUCGAUUGAGGGAGAUGGACUGGGAGACACGAUCCUGUACCGCGACUACGUCGACAUUUCCGUUGCCGUUUCGACCGGCAAGGGAUUGGUCACGCCUGUCAUCAGGAACGUGGAGUCGAUGAGCAUCAUGGAGAUUGAGCAGGCGAUUGCUGAUAUGGGCAAGAAGGCCCGAGACAACAAGCUCACCCUAGAGGACAUGACUGGCGGAUCCUUCACCAUUUCCAACGGAGGUGUUUUCGGUUCCCUCUUCGGCACCCCCAUCCUGAACUCUCCUCAGUCGGCCAUUCUGGGAAUGCACGCAAUCAAGGAGAAGCCAUGGGUUAUCACUGAUGAAGCUGGCAACAAGACCAUUGGGAUCAGACCGAUCCAGGUCGUGGCGCUGACGUAUGACCAUAGGCUGCUGGAUGGUAGGGAGGCAGUCACCUUUUUGGUGAAGCUGAAGCAGUACAUUGAGGAUAUGGGAAGCAUGCUGUUGUAAAAUGUAGUCGAUAGCAGCGAAUGGGAGGAUUGGAAAGAAACCUCCGCGGGAAGACGAAAGGGUGAUAGGGACGCUUUCUUCUCUUUGCACUCAUCUACAACCCGACUGAAAAAAUCAAUAAAGCACUCUCUUGACUUUUCGCGUG